CUUGGGCACCCCCCCACCCCGACCCAGAGGGCGACAACGACAAACACUUCCCCGCCGUCGAGCAGCGCAGCAGAGGUGACGCCGAGAACGAGUAUUGGCUCCCCUUUACGCCGAGGGCUCGCGACCAACAACCGAGUGGCAACAACCGUAGCCAUCACACAAACAAACCAUCCUUAAUCGGACAUGCCGUCCCAACCCCCGCCGCCGGACAACGAGCGCUACUCGAUCCGCGAGGAGCGGCGCUCGCGCAAGCAGCUCAGCUGCGCCGAAUGCCAUCGACUCAAGCUCAAAUGCGAUCGCCAAGUGCCGUGCUCCAACUGCGUUCGGAGGGAGUGCACCGAGCUGUGCCCCAACAGCGUGCGCGUCAAGAAGAGCCGGAACGAGGCCGAGGGGCAGGUCGUGAGCGAGCUGCGCGAGCGGCUCGCCGCGAUCGAGGGCCUGUUGUCCACCACCUUGUCGGGGUCGUCGCGGCGCCGCGACUCGCGCUCCAGCUCAAGAGGUAGAGAGCGGUCGCGCGACAGGUCGAGGGACCACCGCGACCGCGAUCGCGACCACCACCAUCGGAGGGGAUCAGACCGCGACAGGGACCACUACCGCGACCACCGUGACCACCGCGACCGCGACCGCGACCACCGAGACCACCGCGACGAGCGGUACGACUACCACCGGCGGUCGCGCUCGCCUUCCCCGCGACACCACUCACAGCACGGGUCGUGGGCUGUACCCCCCGCGCCGAUCCCCCCACCGCCACCGCCACAGCAGCCCCAGCCCCAGCCCCAGCCCCAACCCCAGGUUAGGCCAGAAGCCUCGCCGUCCUCAUCCUUCCGCUCGCGGUACGACCCUUCGCCCAACGACUCGCGCGAGUUUGUGUUCCAGUACGACACGCCGCAGGGCACGACGCCGCAAGACCAGCGGCCUGGCCCGUCCUACCGCGCAAAGGAGAACAACGACGAGAGCUAUGGCACGCUUGUCAUUGACCCCAGUGGACGGAGUAAGUGGCUCGGCCCGACGGCCGGCACCGAGUGGCUCAAGAAUCAAGAAAUAGCCUCGGACAUGCCCCGCCGCUCGCGCUCACCGUCCCACGGCCCCACGUCCCCGGUCCAGGACAACACGUACGGCUUUGGCCAGGAGACGCAGUUCCCCUUCGCGUCGUGGGGUCCCCCGCCGACAAUGGAGACAAUCAUGUUCCACCUCCCUGCUCCCGACGAGGCGGCCGUGCUCGUCGACUCGUACUACAGGAACUACACGUGGAACCACGACGUUGCCCCGCGCCGCUCCGUCCAGCCCAUCUUCGACCGCGUCUAUGUCCAGAACGCACCCGAACCACUACACCGCCGCGUGCACCCCCAGCAGCUCGCGCUCCUCUUCAUCAUCUUGGCUAUGGGCGCACUGCACAACCCCGACCUGCCGCCACAUGACCCCAGUGCCGAGCAUCACCUGGCCGCGGCGCGGUGGAGCCUCGUCAAGGGCGACUUUAUCGGUAACAACACGAUCGCGGGACUGCAGGCGCUCAUCAUCAUGGCUCACUACCACUUAGAAACGGAGAAGGGGCGAAACGGUGACUCGGCAUGGCCGCUCUGGGGCCUCGCAAUGCGCCUCGUCACCGCCAUGGGAUUGCAUCGAGACGGCGAGCGGUGGAACCUGCCGACCGAGGUGGUCGAGGAGCGCAGGCAUGUGUUCUGGGAGUGCCACACUAUCGACGUCUUCCAGGCCAACUGCUUCUCUCGUCCCAGCUCCCUUCGACCCGAGCACAUUGAUACCGAGUUCCCUUCGCAGAGCUGGACUGACGGGCCAAGCGGGCUCAAGUCGUUCCGCACGCUCAAGUUUGAGCUGUGUCGUAUCUCUGGAGCUGUACUGGACCAAGCAAUGGACGUCCGCCCCACGCCCUACUCGUCCAUCACCGCGUUGUACGACCGACUAUGCGCAUUCGAGCGUCAGAUCCCCUUCCACCUCCGCUGCCGGACGGCCCUCCUCGCCCUACCAUCUGUUUACGCGGACGCCGAGUCCGCCACGCGCGACUCGCCAGAGGUCAACCAGCGUAACCUGCACCGCACGUUCCAGCAGUUCACCCUCGCGCUCAACGUGUCCGAGAGCAUUCUUUUCCUCCAGCGUCCAUACUUUGUCAAGGCGCUGCAGGAGGCCCCACAGGAUCCAACCCGCAGCAUCUACGGCAAGUCGUACCUCGCCGUCGUGGAGCGUUGCAACGUCCUGAUCGAGGUCGUUGCUGGGCUUUACGAGCUCUACCCCACCGUGACCGCGCGUCACUGGUUCUUCUGGUACCACCUCUUCACCGCUGCCGUGUGUAUCGGUACGAUGAUCAUCAAAAACUCGACCAACCCGCUCGCAGGGUUCGCGAUCGGGCAGGUCGACCACAGCAUCAAGCUGUACUCGUCCGUGCUACGGGACCACGCUACGCCGUCGCUCGUUCAGAACCACCAGUGGCUCUUGCGGCUGCGGCAGCGCGCCCUCGCCAAGCUGGAGCAUGCGCCCCCGGCCCCUGGCGACGACGACAUCGAUGUUGAGCUGCUUGGCUGGCGCACGCGCCUGAUUGAGCGUGCACGCGGCGGACACAGGGCGACUAACGUGCCCAUCUCGUCCACGCCACACAGCAACAGCGUCCCCUCUACCGUUGGGCCUCCAACAGCGCCCGGCUCGGCCCCUGCCACCGGCGAGCCAUUCACCCUCACAUCCCCUCCUGUACCACCACCAAGCUUCAUGCCGGCCCCGACGCUCGACCAGGUCCUCCAGCAACAUUUCGUGCCGCCCUCUACCUCGUCGGCGGAACAGACGCCGCUCAACCCCCCAGCCGCGCAAGUCGACGUCACGACCGACCUCUUCCUCCACCAGUUCUGGGACCCGACGCUCCUCCUCGAGUCGCGCGAGGGCCCAAAUGGCCAGCAGUCCCUCACUACUGCAAACUGGUGGAACUGGGACACGGAGCUCGGCCUCCCCCCGCCCGAACAAGAUACCUUUGGCCCCAUGCCGCAAUAGCGAGCAGGAGCAGCCUGUAAUGAUGCGGGGAUUCGAUGC